UACGGGAAACAGAGUCACAUAACUAAGUGAAGGAUUGAGACUAGUGAGAGAUAUGGCUGUCCAAAGUACUGGCAAUGGAAGUUAUGAGCCUUCGCAAGUAAAGCUUCCUGAAAUAAAGUUCACCAAGCUAUUCAUCAAUGGAGAGUUCGUUGAUUCUCUUUCAGGAAGGACAUUCGAAACAAUAGAUCCAAGAACUGGCGAGGCGAUUGCAAAGAUUGCUGAGGGAGACAAGGAAGAUGUUGAUUUGGCUGUCAAAGCUGCACGAAAAGCUUUCGACCACGGCCCAUGGCCUCGUUUUCCUGGCAGCGAGAGGCGAAGGAUACUACUGAAAUUUGCAGAUUUGGUCAAUGAAAAUGCAGAAGAACUAGCCACUUUGGAUGCAAUUGAUGCUGGAAAAUUGUUACACUUGAUGAGGAUUAUUGAUCUCCCACUUGCAGUGGACACAAUCCGUUACUAUGCAGGUGCAGCAGACAAGAUACAUGGGGAGACUCUGAAAAUGUCGAGGGAACUUCAAUCAUAUACUUUGCACGAGCCCAUUGGUGUCGUAGGACACAUUAUUCCCUGGAACUUUCCCAGUUUGAUGUUUGCCAUUAAAGUUGGCCCGGCAUUAGCUGCUGGUUGUACCAUGAUUGUCAAGCCUGCUGAACAAACGCCUCUCUCAGCCCUCUAUUAUGCACAUUUGGCUAAGCUGGCUGGAAUCCCUGAUGGAGUACUUAACGUUGUACCAGGAUUCGGACCUACAGCUGGUGCUGCAAUUAGCUCUCAUAUGGACAUCAAUAUGAUAAGUUUUACAGGUUCUACAGAGAUAGGGCGUCGCAUAAUGCAAGCUGCAGCCACUAGCAAUCUGAAACCCGUGUGUCUAGAACUCGGGGGCAAGUCACCCUUAAUAAUUUUCAACGAUGCAGAUGUUGACAAAGCUGCAGAACAAGCCCUGCAGGGAUCAUUUUUUAACAAGGGUGAAAUAUGUGUGGCUGGCUGUCGUGUUUUUGCCCAAGAUGGUAUUUAUGAUCAAUUUCUUCUUAAGUUGAAGGAGAAGGCUCAAAACUGGGUAGUUGGCGAUCCUUUGGACCCAAAUUCUCAUCAUGGACCCCAAGUCGACAAGACACAGUAUGAAAAAGUCCUUUCGCAUAUUGAGCAGGGCAAGAAGGAAGGUGCCACCUUAUUUUAUGGUGGCAAGCCUGUGGACAGAAAAGGCUACUACAUUGAGCCCACCAUAUUCAUCGAUGUCAAAGAUGAUAUGACUAUUGCGCAGAACGAAAUAUUUGGACCUGUUAUGACAGUAUUCAAAUUCAAGAAUGUUGAGGAGGCCAUAAAGAGAGCCAAUGAGACGAAAUAUGGAUUAGCAGCGGGGAUUAUGACUAAUGACUUGAACAUUGCUAACACGGUUUCAAGAUCAAUCAGGGCCGGUGCUAUUUGGAUAAAUUGCUACUUUGCCUUUGAUGCAGACUGCCCUCAUGGAGGGUAUAAAAUGAGUGGCUUUGGGAGAGAUUUGGGGAUGGAUGCCCUCAAGAAGUAUCUUCAAGUCAAGUCUGUCACUACCCCCAUUUACAAUUCACCUUGGCUUUAGGCAAUUCUCAAUCCCAUUCUAGCAAUUUGUAGGUUCCAUUUGUCAUCUGCAAGUUUUUUUUGGUUGUAAAACAUGGUUUUCUGACAUGCUGAGAAAAUGCAAGUUCUGUUCUAUUUUUCUUAUUAUUAUUAUUAAUGCAAAACUCAUCUCCCUAGUUGUUCAGCUGAAAAUUUCAACUUGAGAUCUUUGUUAAGAAUAGUUGGCAGAUCCAAGACCAUAUUGGCAAAGGGUAACCAUGAACUUACAGAUU